AUGUACUGCACAUUGUCAUUUCCCGGUGUUCAUUUUGUUCCGGUGGGAAAAAUUUGGUGCAACUACAAAAGUAUCACUUUAGCAGCACAUUCGAAAAGGAGAAGUAGACCACGAAAGGAUAAUCGGUAUCGACCCCAUCCCAAGCAACCUCCAGAUUUUGGUGUUAAUCUGUUCUUGAAGAAGCCUAGCACCACCUCUAAACCAACUGAGGAUGAUUUAGAUAUCGAGGAAGAGCAUGAUGAAGAGGAAGAUGGAAAUAUUGGUGUUGUUUGGGAAUCAGAUGAGCUUGAAGCCAUCUCAUCACUUUUCCAAGGUAGAAUUCCACAAAAACCUGGAAAAUUGCAUCGAGAAAGGCCUCUUCCUCUUCCAUCUCCCCACAGGCUCCGACCUUUGGGGCUACCUAAACCAAAAUCACAAGUGAAAUUGACAGCUCCAGCUGUUGUUUCUUCCCGGGCUUCUAUGGCUAAGAAAGUGUAUAAAAGCCCUAGUUUCCUAGUUGGGUUGGCAAGAGAAAUAAGUAGGCUUGGUCCAGCUGAAGAUGUGUCCAAAAUUCUUGGGAAGUGGGUGCAGUUCCUGAGGAAAGGGUCCUUGUCAUUAACAAUAAGGGAACUAGGUCAUAUGGGAUUCCCUGAGAGAGCUUUGCAAACAUUCUUAUGGGCACAAAAUCAACCUCAUCUCUUCCCUGAUGAUUGGAUUCUGGCCUCAACUGUUGAGGUCUUGGCCAAGAAUCAUGAGUUAAGAAUUCCAUUGAACAUAGACCGAUAUACUGGUUUGGCAAGUCGUGUUGUGUUGGAGGCAAUGAUCAAGGGUUUUAUAAAAGGAGGAAACCUUAGACUUGCGUGGGAGGUUCUAGUAAUGGCCAGAAGGGAUAAAAGAAUGUUGGAUUCCAGCAUUUAUGCUAAGUUAAUAUUAGAACUUGGAAAGAACCCUGACAGACACAGGCGUGUGUUGCCCUUGUUAGAAGAACUUGGAGAACGAGAUGAAUUGAAUUUAAGCCAACAAGAUUGUACCGCUAUAAUGAAAGUAUGCACUAAGAUGGGGAAAUUCGAAGUAGUUGAGAGCCUGUUUAGUUGGUUCAAGCAGUCUGGCUAUCAACCAAGCAUAGUAAUGUUCACUUCUGUGAUUCACAGCCGUUACACAGAGAAGAAAUACAGAGAGGCAUUGACUGUAGUUUGGGAGAUGGAGGCUUCAAAUUGCCUUUUUGACCUUCCUGCUUAUCGUGUGGUAAUAAAACUGUUUGUUGCUCUGAAUGAUCUAUCUAGGGCAAUGAGAUAUUUUUCAAGACUUAAAGAGGCUGGAUUUUCUCCCACUUUUGGCAUAUACAAGGACAUGCUUCAAAUUUACAUGGCCUCUGGGAGGACUGCGAAGUGCGAAGAGAUCUGCAAGGAGGCUAAUAUAGCUGGUUUCAAGCUGGAUAAAUAUAUAAUCACAUAUAAAUGA